AUGGCGCUCACGACGAAUGCGAGGGCGAUCUUGUUAUCCGUUUUCAUCGCCUUUGGCGGCUUUCUCUUUGGCUAUGAUAUCGGUGUUAUCUCCGGAUGUCUGAUUAUGCCAGACUUCGUCGAGAGGUUUGGCGAGCCGAAUGGCAGCGGAGGCUUCGAGCUUUCAUCUUCACGACAAUCCAUCAUCACUUCAUUACUAUCAGCGGGAACCUUCGUCGGUGCUCUUGGUCAAGCUUUGACGGCUGACCGCUUUGGCCGCAAGCCCUCGAUCUUCAUCUGGUCGGCGAUCUUCACCGUCGGCACACUCAUCCAGACGGCAGCUCUCACUUCGCUCGCCCAACUUGUCGUUGGCCGCUUCAUUGCUGGUCUCGGGGUUGGCGCGAUGUCAGCUAUCGUACCGCUUUACAACGGCGAGACCGCACCGAAAAAGCUACGCGGCGUUUUGCUCGUCUUGUACCAGUUUCAGGUCAUCAUGGGCAUCAUGCUCUCUUACAUCAUUGACCUCGCCACGCACAACAUCCCGAGCUCUGCCAGCUGGAAGAUCCCUGUCGGUCUCCAGAUGCUCUGGGGUCUCAUCCUCAUGAGCGGUAUCCUCUUCUUGCCCGAGUCGCCUCGCCACCUCAUCUACCACGGCAAGGAAGACGUCGCACGCAAGAACAUCGCCAACCUCAACAACGUCCCACUCGACGACCCUAUUGUCGAAGAAGAGAUCUCGACGCUCAAGAUGGGUAUUGCCGCGGAGAACGAGGGCGGAAAGGUUGGAUGGUUGGAGUGCUUCUCGAGGCGCAACCAGUUGUGGAAGCGUACUUUGAACGGCAUGAUGCUCCAGUUUAUCCAGCAGCUCAACGGCCAGAACUUCUACUACUACUACGGCGAUACCUUCUUCAAGGCUGCCGGAACAACCAUGUCGCCGUAUGUGAUCCAAGUCGUGCUCGGCGCGGUCAGCGUCGCAGGCACCUUCCCUGCUUUUGUAGCCAUCGAGAGGCUCGGUCGUAGGAAAGGUCUCUUGAUCGGUGCUGCCGCUGAAGCAGUCUGCGCUCUAGUCGCCGGACUCGCGGGACACUACAUGCUGGCAAAGGGCAAUGUCGCGGCCGCUGACUUGACACCUCGCAACAAGGCUGGCGGUGAUAUUCUCAUCGUCUUCGCAGUGCUUCAAGUCUUCUUCUACAGCUGCUUCUGGGGUCCUCUGCCGUGGGUGUACUUGGGCGAGAGCUUCCCUCUUCGCGUGCGCUCAAAGUCAAUUGCUCUCGGCUCCGCUACGAAUUGGUUCUGGAACUUCAUGCUCUCGUACUUCAGUCCGCUCAUCACGGAAGACAUCGAUACCUUGAUUCUCCUCGUGUUCUUCGGCGUCCUCGUGUUCGGCUUCAUCUACGUGUACUUCAUGAUCCCCGAGUCACGUGGCCUGGCGCUAGAGUCUAUCGAUCAAAUGUACCGGGAGAACGUCAAGCCAUGGCGCUCUUCGAGCUGGAAGCCGCAUCUGUCGGAGGAGUACGAGGCGCGUCACCCUACGGACGUACGCGAGGACUACCAGACAGAGAAGGACAAGGCUUGA